UCAUGCAAAGACGUUGUUGGAAAAAGGACUAAAAAUGGCGGCCAAUAGUGUGGGACAUGAAGGUCAACAGUUGAACAACUCAACGCAGAUAGUCUUAUCAGACAUUGAAAUCUUCAAUAUAUUCAUAUACUUUGUUAUCUUUGCUCUGGGUAUUGUCGGAAACGGGCUCGUCAUAUAUGUGACCGGCUACAAAAUGAAGACGACCGUCAACUCCAUUUGGUUUCUCAACUUGGCGAUUGCAGACUUCAUCUUCAUCUUAGUCAUCAUCCUCUACAUUGUUACUGCCUUUAGCCAGGUUUGGCUCUUUGGUGACUUCAUGUGCAAGUUUGUCUCCUUCGUGACGGUGCUAAACAUGUUUGCCAGCAUUUUUUUGCUCACGGCUAUCAGUCUGGAUCGAUGUCUGUCCACCUGGAUGAUUGUUUGGGCUCAAAACAAACGAACUCUGGUCAAAGCCAGGAUCAUCUGUUCACUCGUGUGGGUUUUAUCCAUUGGCUGCAGCAUCCCGUUUGUUUUGUGCCGCUCAGGAGAGUAUAAUCAGUGUGCCUAUGAAUGUUCUGUAAACAUCUUAAAGUCUCUGUUCAUAUACAGGUUUAUAGUGGGCUUUCUCAUCCCCUUCCUGAUCAUUGCAUCUUCAUACAUUGCUAUCGGAGUGCGAGCCAAGCGUCUCAAAAGCGGAAAGAAGCUUAAACCUUUCCGGGUCAUUGUAUCUGUGAUCCUGGCCUUUUUCAUAUGCUGGUUUCCUUUUCAUGUUCAACAGCUGUCUUCCAUAGUUGCAAUUAUAAAUGGGUGGAGUGACGUUGAAAACGUACUCAAUAAAAUAGGGCCAUUUGUUAACUGCCUGGUUCAUCUCAACAGCUGUCUGAACCCCAUUCUCUAUGUGUUCAUGUGUGAGGAGUUUAAGAAGAAGCUCAAACAGUCUCUGCUGCUGGUGCUGGAGACGGCUUUUACAGAAGAACAUCUGCCUUUCCGAACAUCUCACCCUUCCACAUGUUCACGCCUCUCAGAAUCACAAGGUCUCAAGCAGACAAAUGAAACAAAACUCUCAUCAUGUAGCAGCAGUCAGGACAACAAUACAUGCUUUUAGAAAAUCAGUCUCAGAGAUAUUAAUUCCUUAUGUUAGAUUGAAGUGGUCAGAUAAAUCACAUUAACAAGCUCUCAACAUCGCUGCCUUGAAGCCUGCCAUCUCAUGCCAGAGGUUCAAAGCCAAUUUGUGUUAAAGACAAUUUGAAGUUUGUUUUAAACGUUGCAAUUUAUGUGCCAUCAGUGUCAUCAAACUAAAAAAAAAAAAAGACUUUUCAUUGUUGACUUUCACAUGCCCCCAUUUUUCAUUGGCUGCACAAACUGAUAGCCCCGCCUCAAACUCACACCAUUGGUCGGGUCAGUGUUGCUGCUUCUAAUUGGGUUGAAAAUGAUUUGCAUUGUUUUUUUGCUUUUUGUGGAAAACCUACAAAUGAUUUAUUUUAUACUUGUCUUUCUUUAUUAAAGUGGCUUUGUGGAAA